AAGAGGUGGUGUUGGAGGGGGGCGUGGGGGAGUUGCCUUCGCGGAUCCCUGCGCUCACUAAGAAGGAGGUGUGUGGGUCCAGUGUGUCCAGUGUUUUGCAUCUAUUCGGAGGCAGUAGAAACGACAGUGCUGCCUCUUCGGAUGCGAACGUGCAAUCAUGUCACGAGCGCGUGGACUGUGCAACGAGAGCAUCUGAGUAAUCCACUGAGGCGAUAAGCAAGAGUCUACAGGAAUAAAGCUAUGGGGGGCCAGAUAACGAGAAAUACCUUUUACGACUCCCUUGGCGGCCCAUUCCCGUCCACGUCACACCGAUGUCACCACAAACCCAAGAGGUGCCUGCCUAUCCAAUGUGGUACCAUUGGUGGACCCCUUCCCAUCAGCCCACUUCUCUUCCAUCCAAAUGCCAAGGGAUCCCAAAUUGUCAUGGACCUUGCCCAGAAGACAGUCAAGAGGCAGGCCAGUUUCUGCAACGCCAUCACCUUCUGCAACAGACCUGUAGCGCUGUAUGAGCAAGUCCGCCUCAAGAUUACUAAAAAGCAGUGCUGCUGGAGCGGGGCUCUACGUCUGGGCUUCACCUCCAAAGAUCCCUCCAGGAUAAACCCAGACAACCUGCCCAAGUACGCCUGUCCCGACCUGGUAUCCCAGAGCGGCUUCUGGGCCAAGGCCCUUCCUGAGGAGUUUGCCAACGAGGGCAAUGUUAUCGCCUUUUGGGUUGACAAGAAGGGUAGAGUCUUUUAUCGCAUUAACGAGUCCAGUCCCAUGCUGUUCUUCAGUGGAGUCCGCACAGCUGAGCCCCUCUGGGCCCUCAUUGAUGUUUACGGUCUGACCCGUGGAGUGCAGCUGCUAGACAGCGAGAUUGUUCCUCCCGACUGCCUGCGCCCACGCUCCUUCACCACGGUGCGCUCCUCCUCCCUGCGGCGCGAAGCUGACGACUCCCGUCUGUCCGUCAGCCUGUGCGACCUCAACCUGCAGCAGGAAGACGGGCGCCCCGCUCACGCUCACUCCCACCGCCACACCCUCCACCUCGCCUCGGCCUCCUCCUCCUCCACCUGCCCCAUACCACAGAAUUCCCUCAACUCCCAGCAGUCCUCUCUGUUGCCCUCCGCCCUGGAGAGCGACCUCCACUUCCACCAACUGCGCGGCGCCAACAUCAAGACGCUGGACGAGCAGACGGUGGCGCGAUCCGAGCACGCAAGAGAAGAACGCACUCUAGUCUUCACCAACCGGCCACUACGCACUGGAGAGACUGUCUUCAUCAAAGUCACCAAGUCCAGCCCUGCACGCUCGGGCUCACUGUCCUACGGUGUGACGUCCUGUGACCCCGCGGUGUUGCGUCCCAGCGACUUGCCGUACAAUCCGGAGGCUCUGGUGGACAGGAAGGAGUUCUGGGCGGUGUGUAGGGUGCCGACACCUCUUCAAAGCAGUGACAUCCUCGGCUUCUUGGUCAACCAGGAGGGCGAGGUCAUCCUGAGCCACAACGGCACCAACGUGGGCAUGCAGGUGUGUGUGGACAACUCCCGCCCACUCUGGAUGUUCUUUGGUCUGCAUGGGGCUGUGACUCAGCUAAGGAUUCUGGGUUCCACUCAUCUCGGGGACCCACGGACCACGUCGAACCCCAGCUCGCCCUCCUCUUCACCGCACACCCCCAGCGCCCUGGGCAGUGGCAGCUCUGAUCCAGUGCUGAAUGGAGGCCUGUGCUCCGCAGCUUACUGCAGCUCAGCGGGGGGAACCACCCCAAAUUCGCCAGUCAGCCUCCCCAAGUCACCUACGUUCCCAUCAGGCCGCGGGCCUUGGUCCGACGAGUGCUCCAUCUGUUACGAGAACUUGGUGGACACGGUCAUCUACGCCUGUGGACACAUGUGUCUGUGCUACACCUGCGGCGUCAAACUCAAGAAGAUGUCCAACGCCUGCUGUCCCAUCUGCAGAAGGCAAAUCAAGGACAUCAUCAAGACCUACCGGAGCACGUAAGGGAACGGACGACCUAAGAGCAACAAAAUCCCAGAGUCAGGGAAAGAAAUGUCUAAGUUCAGGGAAUAUGAACUCUGGUACUUUUGUUUAGUAUUUUCACACAGUUAUUGUUGGUUGGUUUCUCUUGCAUGACCUUUUCAGAAGUCGGUACUGUAUCGCUCGGAAGGUCUCUUUUACUUUAGAGUCGCUGUCACAGCCACCUUGCAGAGGCGGCACUUGAAAGGGGAGGGGUUUCCACUGAGAACUGUAUUCUCACCCGAAGAGUGUUCAGUCUUUCCGAGGAACUCAGAAGACUUUAAAGCAGAGAAACUGAACCAAUUCCAAAAUUCUUUCAUUUCUGGAGCCAUGAUGUAAGAUUUACUGACUGUCACCCAUUUGUGCCGAAGCAAAUGAGUCACUUUGGGGCCGAAAGUCUCGAUAAUAGUUCUCUUAGAGGAUGACUGAAGCUCUGAAAUAUGCCAUCAACCUGAUGCGUACUUCUGACUGAACCGGUCCCUAAAAAAAAAAAAAAAAAAAAAAAAAAAAAAAAAAAGCACAUGGUAAUCUAAGGUAAUCUUCUCAGUAUGUCACAACUUGUGUCUGUGUGUUACUGAGCGUUGGAGAAGAGGAAGUCUGCCUGGCAGCGUCAUGAUGAAGUGAUGGAUUUCUGUAAUUGUCGUGGUGAUUAUCAGUGAGUGAUGUGCUUAGAGAUGCAAGGCGGUGCUGAGUAUAUUAAGUAGGAUUGUAAACACCUCUUGUACUCGUAUAAUCUAAUGUACCUUUCAUGGUAGUUCUAUUGCAAAUGUCGGUGGUAGCUAUAUUGUCGUGCUAUCUAGCUGCUUGCUCUGCAAUGUGAUAUGUUGCACUGAAAUAAGCAUCAUCCUCUCAGAAAUGCCCCAUUAUUGACAGAGAGGUUGAAAGACAUUCAAAACAAUCGUCCAACAGACUCAGCAGCUCCGAAUCUAUGAGAGGAAACAGUAAAUUUGGAUUCUCCUCAGGGCCAGCGAUCUUUUGUAAGAAGACGUGAACUAUUUUUCCCAAACUUUACCUACAACCAUGCCUAAUACACUGUGAGCACUCAUGACAAAUUGUCCUCUAAAAUAGUUCCCAUAACAACACAUGAAGUCUAAGGAUUGUUGCCAUGGUACCAGAAGCCACCAUAGAUACAACACAGCCCUCCUGCCUUAACCCACAGAAGGUUCAUUUGUUACACGCAGAUGUAUCAUAUUCUGUGUUUUCCCCCCAAAAAAAUAAGAACCCUGAAAAAAUGACCAAAUAAUGCUGUUGUGUGGCACAAACCGUCACAGUGUUGACUCGGGGGAGAAGAAGCACACAAAUUUAAAGUUAUUUUUGUAACAUAAAUCCAUGACAUUUCCAGUAUUCAAGUAUUCAGAUGUUUAAUAACUCUUGUGGCAGGCCUUUCACCAGCAGCAAAGAUCCUUUACAUGAAAGAAAAAAGCUUGUGUUUUCAAUAUUUGUAUGAUUCCUAUCCGCUAGUUUCAGUAUAAAAUGUAUUGAUACAUCCCCCAGAAAGAGAUUUCAGCUGUAAAUACACCAACUCAGCAGUAAGCCAUAGCUUCUUACAGGACACCACUCGAAGCUGAGAGGCUGUUGUUGUUUUGUUUUUUUAAUUGACAUUGUACUUCAUUUUGUAGAUAAUCAACAAACGGGGCUCAAACCUAUGCUGCUAUGGUAUUUGCCAGCUGUCCCUUUCAGGGCAAACGCUGACAGUAAUCUUUCACACGUCCCUCCUCCCACGUUACAGUUUGAUUUCGCUACUGCUUGAAGUGUUAAUUCACAUUUGAAUGUUAACUUAUGUAUUUAGAGAUAAAUGAUUUUUAUCGGUGUGCUUGAAGAAAAAAUGAAAAAACAAAUGAAAAAAAAAGCUUUGUCUGUUUUGUUUGUUGUUUUGUUUGUUUCUAUGUUUUAAUUGAUUAUCAUGAAUCUAAGAUUUAUUUUUCUUGUUUAUCCAAAUCCGCGAGAAUCUAAAUUUAUUCUUGUUUUUUUAACAGUGAAAAUAUAGAAGGGUUGCUUGUACCUUGCCGCAAUAAGAUAUAUUGCAGUACACAAUCAAAACCUCAUUGCUCUGAGGUGCGAGAUAUAAACUCUUGGUUUUAUUACAGUCCCUGAAUUUCAGGUGUUUAUUUUUUUUCUUUUUUUGUAAUUUAUCUUUUUUGUGUGUGUGAGCCCGUGUUAGGGAGCCCUACGACUCAUUCUGGUUUUUAUAUAUCUUAGUUAUAUAGUCUGAGAGCCAUCAGCGUAUGGUAAUGAUUAAUGUCACUUUAUAAAGCUACUGAUUGUAAUCUUGUAAGUGUUUAGGCCGGCGUUGCUCUCUGAGACUCAAACAUGGCGUGUUUUAUUUUUGUGCAGACACUC